AUGGCAGCCGGUUCGAGUCCUCUGGAACUGAGAAAGGCUGCUGUGGAGGGUGCGGUGGGUGUGGCGGUGGGUGCGGUGGGCGUGGCUGCGGACGCCGCAGCAGUGGAGCGCUCUGUGUUUUCGGGGUUGUGCUCUGCUGCGUUGGCCUCACUGCUCUGCCACGCUAAGUUCUCUCUGUUGACUCGUGACUGCAGGACAGCGCAGAAUGGGUCAGGAUUUCUGUGUGAUGACAGAGUGACCUGCCUUCCUCCUUCUGUCCUCUGCAACGGCGCACCCGACUGUCCUGACGGUGCCGACGAGAGAGAACUCCUGUGCAGUACGGUUCUAAACUUAAUCCACAUCCAUAAAUUCUCAUCUCCUACAGUGUUUUACAGCCCUGUCUGUUCUGCAGGUGAUUUACCUGAGAAUCUUCCAAGUAACCUGAUUUUUCGGUGUGGAAAUCCUCACAUCUGGACCUUCAUAGACAAAAGAUGUAACCGCAUUAAUGACUGUGGGGACUGUUCAGAUGAAGCUGGUGUCUGUAAGUGUAAUUUGCUGUGCACCAAAAGCUCAUGUUAUCUGUGGACAGAUGCGAGGUGCCCCCCCUGCGGUGGAGACUGGUGGUCCUGCACUCCAGUGGACUUCCUGUACUGUGACUGUGUCCCCCGCAGCCUCUGCCGUGAUGGCAGGCAACACUGCUUCGACUGGUCAGAUGAAUAUAUCUGCCCUAAAACCUAAAAAACAAGACAAGGAGCAUAUUCUCUCUACCAAAACCUCAAAACCCCUAUUUUUUGUUUUGAAAACAUGCUGCUGUUUGCAGCGAGUGAUGA